AUGGCGGCGGACGGCGAGCGCGCCGCUGCUGUCAUGGCGGCGGCCGGGCGCGGGCUUCGCUUGGGUGCGGGCCGAGCUGCGUGGCGGCGAGGCGGGGGGACGGGACGGGACGACUGCCGCUGUGAGAGCGCGGGUCCCGGCCUGGCCGGGCUUCCUGCAGCCCCGCCGUGUGCCCGCUGCCCCGGCGCCGGGAAGGGCCUCGAUAAAAAAAUCUUUUCUGCUUUAUUUAAAUUAAGGGUUGAUCCUUUCUCCAAAAAGGACUGGUAUGACGUCAAAGCACCAGCAAUGUUUAAUAUCCGAAACAUCGGGAAGACGCUUGUCACCAGGACUCAAGGAACUAAAAUUGCCUCUGAUGGACUGAAGGGUCGUGUAUUUGAAGUGAGUCUGGCUGAUCUGCAGAAUGAUGAGGUUGCCUUCCGUAAAUUUAAACUGAUAACUGAGGACGUUCAGGGCAAGAAUUGUCUGACCAACUUCCAUGGAAUGGACCUCACCCGGGAUAAAAUGUGUUCCAUGGUCAAAAAAUGGCAGACAAUGAUCGAAGCCCAUGUAGAUGUCAAAACUACCGAUGGUUACCUACUGCGCCUCUUCUGUGUGGGUUUCACGAAGAAGCGUAAUAACCAAAUCCGCAAGACCUCGUAUGCCCAGCAUCAGCAGGUUCGACAGAUUCGCAAGAAGAUGAUGGAAAUCAUGACCCGAGAGGUCCAAACCAAUGACCUGAAAGAAGUUGUCAAUAAGCUGAUCCCAGACAGCAUUGGCAAAGACAUAGAGAAGGCGUGUCAGUCCAUUUACCCUCUUCAUGAUGUCUAUGUCCGCAAGGUUAAGAUGCUGAAGAAGCCCAAGUUUGAAUUGGGCAAGCUGAUGGAACUGCAUGGCGAAGGUGGUGGUGCUGGAAAACCUUCUGGGGAUGAGGCAGGCACAAAAGUAGAGCGAGCUGAUGGAUAUGAGCCACCCGUGCAAGAGUCUGUCUGAAACUAAACAUUGAUGGAAAAUAAAAGUUUUAAUAUACAGAA